CUCCCACCAACUUCAUUUAUCCACUUCCGUCUCAAUCUCUUAGCUUUCUCUCUCCUAGGGUUUCACAGAUUUCCCCCUCUCCUUCUCGAAACUCUCAUUUCCCUCUCCGAUGGCGCAGCAGGAGGUCCUGAACGGCGGAGCGACCGAGAAGGCCGUCGCGUUCACGGCGGUGAAGCCGCAGCUGGUGGUGGAGGCCCCCAAGGCCGGCGACGCCAUCGAGUUCUACAAGUCGGCCUUCGGUGCUGAGGAGCUGGGCCGCACCUUCCACCCCAAGCGCAAGGCGGAGCAGGACCUCCCUCUCGUCCUCUCCGCUCAGCUCGUUCUCGCCGGCACCACCAUCCUCGUCUCGGACUGUACAGACGAUUCUGCUGCUCCUGUGAAGACCGAGGGCACCGGAUGCGUGCUCUGCCUGGAGACCGAGGACGUGGAAGCCGCCGUUCGGAAGGCUGUGGCUGCCGGAGCUGUGGCGGAAGGCGAGCUUGCCGAUGGCGACGGCGCGUGCUGCGGUGGUGGCGUCGGCAAGGUCACGGACCCGUACGGCUUCACCUGGCUCAUCUGCUCCCCAGCCAAAAAGUGCGCCGAGACUGAAUGAAGGAAGCGGAAGAGGCGUAGUAGAGGAAGUUUUGUCGUUUAACGUAGUUGGAUGGUCAAGAAGUUGUGCUGGACUUUUCUUUUUUCAGUUUUAUGCGUUGCCGUCUCCGUUAUGUGUUAGUUGCUUUUCCGUCUAACCGUCGUCUUUUGGGGGGAGGCGGAGGGGUUGUGGGACCCUCUUUUUUCUUGGAACUAAGAGCUUCUUUCUCUGGCCGGUAGGAAUUAGGGGGUUAGGUGUCAUGAAUAGGGCAAUGAAUAUGUUUGACACCGUGAUGAUGUUAUUUUUACCUGCUGCGCUUUCCGAAAA